CUACCAGACCAACCCACUAAUUCACUGUAUAAAAACUGGAUUGCACUCAUACCAACCCUUGUUGAUCCGGUACUCCAGUACUUUGGACAAACGCAGGGCAAAGCACUGGAAAAUAUACAUCCAGUCAUAUCUGCAUGCGGGGAGCCUUCGUGUACACCGAAACGGACAACAAUGAUGUGUUUAUGA